UCCUUAGUGUUGUCAUCCGGGAAUCUAUAUUGGGGCAGUAUCAAUUUUGUGACUGGACGGUUUGCACUAGGUGCUCCUUUUAAAUUGCAACGGGUGAAGUAGCGCUAGAGAGGUGUAUUUUGAUGUUUUAUGAUAUUGAAAUUUUUCUGAUUUUUGCAGCUGUUUGUAAGUGAAAGUCUUCAAGAGGUGAUAGAGGAUGGCCUACUCUUACGAUGCUCCAUCCACCUAUAUCAACUUUUCUGCUUUAAGUGAACAAGAUGACGAGAAUGCAGAUUCAUGGUUUGAUGUAAAAUCUAAAGGGGCUGAAGAAAUAUUGACGGAAGAAUUGAGCAGUAAAGUGGAAAGAAUGAUCAAGAAGUCUUUAACGCCAUGUUCAAAAGCCAUUUUAACGCCACGUGGUAAGCAGACUCUACCCUUGGCUGUAGUUACUCCAGUCAGGAAAUCGGAAGGAGGCCCAAAUACAGAACAUCUAGACGACUUUCUGGUCAUCGGAGAACAGAACAGCAGCGCAAACAGCUUGCAAAAAUUCGAGCAGAUAGGCAGGCUGCAGCUAAAGAGAAUGAACAUCCACCUGUUAAAAAACAAAAAGUGGUUUCAAAUACAUCACUUGCUGAAGGUGCUCCGAAUUGUAGUGCUCUGAGCACAGGUGCAGGAAACCAGGAGCUAUUUUCUCCAAAAGGAAAAGCGAAAUGUAGUAUGACAAUACCCACAACUCCAAUAGUACUGAGGAGGAAAAAUUCAGCAAAUAAAAUGAAGAGCACAGAAGAGCUAGAGCUUGAAAAAAUGCAGCAGCUUCAGCGUGAGGUUGCAGAACACCGAAAGAAAAAUGAGGAGUUUUUGAAGACUGCCAUUGCAGGUGCAGGCAGAGUAGCACGAGUGCCCAAAGGACCUACAGUCCCCAAACCUUUUCACCUUAGUUGUGGUAACAAAAGAAAGUAUGAUGAAGCAAACGCUUCAGAAUUUGUUUCACUUGCACAACAGAUUGAAGCUUUUCAGAGAAGCACACCUUCUCGAUACCACCUUCGAAAUCGUAAGAAAGAAGAAACAGGACCUUCACCUGUUAAACCUAUGAAGAAUAGAAUUACAAUACCAAAAACUCCAGCACUCGAGACAUUAAAGCGAUCUCGCCCAGUAACUUGCAAAAGUGCUGCUGAAUUAGAAGAGGAGGAACUUGAGAAGAUAAAACAGUACAAAUUCAAAGCCCAGGAACUUGAUACUAGAAUUUUGGAGGGAGGACCACUCCUGCCCAAGAAGCCACCUGUUAAAGAACCUACACAGCCAGUUGGCUUCAACCUGGAGAUCGAGAAAAGAAUUCAGCAAAGGGAGCCAAAGAAGCAAGAGGAAGAAAAAUUUGUAUUCCACCCACUGCCGUGUCCAACAAAGAUAUUGCAAGAUAGAGUGGGUGUUCCAGAGAAAAAGCCUGCCCCACCAACGGUACCCAUGUCGCCAGCCUUUGCAUUAAAGAAUAGGGUUAGACUUCCCAAGGAGGAGGAAGAGAAGGAGGAACCUCACGUGAUCAAGGCAAACCCUCUUCCACACUUUGGUGUUCCAUUCAAGCCAAAACCACUUGAACAGAAAAAUGUGGAAGUGUGCCCAUUUUCCUUCGAUGUAAGAGACAAAAUAAAGCAAGUAUUAAAGGAAAAAAGAAUAGAAGAACUGCGAAAAGAUGAGGUUCCCAAAUUUAAAGCAUUGCCUCUUCCAGAUUUUGAUCAUGUAAGCUUGCCUCCUAAGGCAGUGAAGCCAACAACAAAUCCUGAGCCCUUUCAUUUGCGCAUUGAUGGCAGGGGUACAAUGAAGGCAGAACGAUGGGAACAGAUGAUUCAAGAAAAAUUGAAACAGGAGAAGGAAGCCACUUGUUUUAAGGCUCGUCCCAAUGUUGUUACUCACUCAGAGCCGUUUGUGCCAAAGAAAGAGAACAGGCCGCCAAUCGAGGGACUUUCUGAUUCCAUAGUUCAGGAAAGCUUUGUACUGGCAACAGAGAAACGUGCCCAAGAGCGUAUGGAAUUUGAAAAGAGACUUGCAGAAAAAGAAACUUUAAUAGAAAAAAAGGAAGAGGAAAGGAGGCGAUAUCUGGAAGAACAAGAAAAAGAAGAGAUUUUACGGCUGAGAGAGGAAGCUGUUCACAAGGCAAAUCCUAUAAGGAAGUACAAGGCUUUUGAAGUGAAGCCCAGUGACCAUCCAUUGACAGUUCCUGUCUCACCCAAAUUUUCAGAUAGAUUUUGUAAAUAGUGUUUUUAAUGUCUCCUUUCUGUCCUGUGGCUUUCUUUUUUUGCUGUCGUCUUUUUCACUGCGUUUCUCUAUUUGUGUACCAAUAAAGUUUGUACAGUUUUA